AUGGAUUUCAACAGCUCCUCGCCCUUCCCGGAGGGCGUCAUCUCCUUCCUCGACACUGAUCUAUACAAGUUGACGAUGCAAUGUGCCGUCUUUAAGUUCUUCAAAGAUGUGCCUGUGACAUACGCCUACACCAACCGAACUCCAGACAAGAAGCUGUCGCGUACCGCCUUCAAGUGGCUUGAAGAGCAAAUUCGAAAGCUCGGAAACAUUUCUCUUUCUACCGACGAAUACCUUUUCCUCAAGAAGCACUGCGACUACCUUUCCGACGACUACCUCAACUUCCUCAAGGAAUUCCGACUUAGCCCCCGAGAACAAGUUGUUGCUACCUUCACUCCCGUCGGAGAGGAUAAUGGAGAUGAUUCCAUUGAGGGCGACGUCGAUAUACAGAUCAAGGGCACUUGGGUCGACACGAUCCUCUACGAAAUCCCCAUGCUUGCUCUGACAUCCGAGGCGUACUUCAAGUUCAUGGACACAGACUGGAACUAUGAGGGCCAAGAAAAGCAGGCAUUCGAGAAGGGUCUCAAGCUGUUAGAGGCAGGAUGCAUCACAUCCGAGUUCGGCACACGAAGACGUCGCGACUACCACACCCAGGCCCUUGUAUUCCGAGGAUUGGUGCAAGCUGCCAGAGAAGCUGAGAAGAAGGGAUUCCCUGGCAAGCUCUCUGGAACCAGUAACGUCCAUCUCGCUAUGCGCUUCAACAUCCCUCCCGUAGGAACUGUCGCCCACGAGUGGUUCAUGGGUGUUGCCGCUAUUAUCGGUGACUACAGGUCUGCUACUGAGGUUGCGCUGCGACACUGGGUAGCUUGUUUCGGUAACAAGCUCGGCAUUGCUUUGACCGACACCUUUGGAACUCAAGAGUUUCUGCGAGCUUUCACGCAGCCUGUGCAAACUAUCGAGGGUGGCUUCCCAGCAGAGACCUUCAAGAAGGCUGACGGAACCAUGAAGACAUAUGCGGAGACCUUUGCUGGUAUUCGACAAGAUUCUGGUGACCCUGCAGAGUACACCAAGUGGAUGAAAGAGUUCUACGAUAAGCAGGGUAUUACCGACAAGAAGCUGAUUGUCUUCUCUGACUCACUGAACAUUGAGAGGUGUCUCGAGUAUAAGAAGAUUGCUGAGGACCUUGGCUUCCAGCCAACAUUUGGUGUGGGAACAUACCUUACCAACGACUUUGUGCACCUCACGACUGGCAAAAAGUCGGUGCCUCUGAACAUUGUCAUCAAGAUCAGCUCGGCGGCAGGCCGCCCAGCUGUCAAGAUUAGUGACAACAUCGGAAAGAACACGGGUGACAAGGAGACUGUGGAGAAGGUCAAGCAGGAGCUUGGAUAUGUCGAGCGCGAGUGGAAGGAGGGCGACGAAACCUCACGAUGGGGCAAGGAAUAA